AUGUCGGCCUCGAAUCGCUUGAGUCAGAAGUCAAACGGCGGUGAGGUUGUCUCGGAUUUCAAUUACGAAACACGACGCAAAAAUAGCCAUAGACAAGUCUGGCUUCCAGGUAUUGCCUUAAUGCAGGCUUGCGAAAAAUUCUUCUGGCAGACAGAUUCGGCUGACAGGAAGUAUCUCAGAGUAAGCCAGAUUGUGACGACCACAUUCUUCAGCGGCAUCCUGCCUGUUUCGAUGCAGAAGAUUAUCCACAAGAGAAGGCGAACGAAGGCGAACAGUGCGCCGCCUGGGCUUACGAGUAAAAUGGGCAAAGGAGGCUGA